UAGAGUAAAUCUCUUGACAUUUAUUUUGGUCCUUCGAGCCGGAUCAGAAAUAUCAGAACUGUUAUCUGUGACUCUGUUUCAGAGAUCCAGCACUGAUUCCUGACGCCGUGGGAAGCCAGCACCGAAGUCUGUGCACAGCCCUCUUAGACGAGGCCGAAAGACCUGGGACGCUAAAAUUCGGGUCCAGGCCGGUGUUUUUAUUCUGGUCCACGGCGGUGGGAUUCAGUCUGACGAUCCGAACCACCAGUGAGACGUCUGAGGGUUGAAGCCAGGUGAUUGGAUCCUUGUCCGAGUACUCCAAAGGAAAAAUUGGAGCUCGCCCCGCUGGGAAGGUCCCUACCAAGUGCUCAUUACCACUCCAACUGCCUGCAAAAUAGCAGAGAGACCCUCCUGGAUACAUCAGAGCCACUGCAAAAAGGUUGAGGUCCCAGGAAACCCCGGCACCCCCAAGACAGCACAUUAGGGAAAUCUCGCCCACACUUGGUUGCUUCAGUGGUGAGGGGGGAGUGCUGAUUGGGCCCCCGUCGGGUAAGCUCGCACUUCAACCUCCAGCCUCUGAUCAACUCUAGGGCAACCAAGUGCGAGGUGUGACGUACCUGUUUGCAACCAUGGGAAGGUGGACCCUCUUGGUUACCUUGACUACGACGCUCACCCUUACAGGACCCCAGCUGACGCCAACAACAGCUGAACCACAAGGCAGACAGAGAAGAUGGACGCACGACAACUCUCACCUAAGAGAUAUGACGCAAGACCACAUACACCCUUGGAUGAACAAUGCCUGGUACCGCUACAUCCACGACAGGACCAGAGCAGAAUCGGAAAAUACAGACUGUUAUGUCUGCUCUUAUAUGCCCAGCACAUCAACACAUCCCACUUUUUAUGGAAACUACAUGAAUAAAACACAAGCCAAGUGCGCUGCCAGCUUUGCGGGCAUUGGCUAUCAACAUAAGAAAAUCAUCAUUGAUGAGACAAGCUCUAUCAUCUAUUCGCUUAACCUUCUUAGUAUCUUUCAGGGACCACCCCGACACGAGGUAAUCAUCGUCGAAAACGCUGGACUUGACAACGGAACGUGUGACCGGCUCUUCUGGAUCAACUUCAACGUGACGAAUCGGAACACGUCCAUUCACUUCCCAGUGUUCUUGGACCAAACCCCAGGGAAGAACCACUCCAUGUGCUACCGACAAGACAACGGUAACAGACCCCUAGGCAACACCACCAACUGUAACCACACUGCAGCCAACGGAGAGGGCGCACCUGUAAACACGUCCGCGCCCAGCAACGGCACCUACUGGGUGCAGGGAAUGGCCUGGCUGUGUGGACAACGUGCCUACUUCAUACUGCCACCCGGAUGGACGGGCACCUGUGCCCCAAUCUUCAUCUCAGACCACACCUUCAGGAUGUCAGCUGUAAAUGACUCUCAGACUACAAGACGACGACGAGACGUCUCCACACUACAACCACAUGACCCCAUCUAUGGCAGUGAUGUGCCAGAGGAAUUUAAGCUUUGGACCACCGGACAAAAGGUUCUCCACUCACUGUUUCCAUGGGUGGGCACCGGAAAGAACAUGUUAAGAAUUGAAACUUUGGACUACCGCUUUGGACACUGGCUCCUGGCUACAGGUGCUAAAGAGACUACUCAUCGGAGUUGGAGUAUUUUUACUUUUAUUUUGUGUUUUGUGUUGUGUACAUGUAACAUGUAUCCUGCCAUGUCUAAAACUCAUGAUUAACCGCAUAAUCAUUUCCACUGUAGCUGCAUACAUAGCCGUGACAAAUGAUGAUGAUGAUGACUCCGACCUGUUGGAAUGUGAAGACUUUGCGUGAUUAAUGAUGAUGUGACAGAAAAUGUGCAACAAGAUGUUAAAUACUGAUAUCUCACUUAAAGGUUAUACUGACAACAGGAGGGAAUGUCAAUAGAAAAUUGUAUUUUUUAGUCAGUAUAAGCUUUUAAUGAUAUAAGUUUGCUUGUGAUAGAAUGCUGCAUGAUGAUCAUUUCCUUGCUUAGAACUGAUUGUUCUUUUCAUUGUUCAGGACUGAUUCUUCUUCAUAACACGUGUUCUGAUAUUUGUAUCUGAGUCUUCUCACAGCGAUAGUAAGAAGACAAACAAGCAGUUCUGACCUCGAACACACACACACACACACACACACACACACACACACACACACACACACACACACACACACACACACACACACACACGCACACACACACACACACACUCACACACACACAAUCACAUACGCACAUGCUCACGUCAAAUGUAUUCAUUUUUCUUGUGUAUAAAUAAAGACAAGUGCAAGAGCAGAGCGCGCAUCGCAGGGCCCCCACUCUGGUGUGAGCGUUCUGUGAUCGCCCUUGU